AUGAUUCCAAGGCUAAAACAGUAUGAAGAUAGUCCCCCAUGCCGUCACAAUAUCAUUACAGUGGCCACUCCCGGUAUCACAGCUCAGCGGUCCCAGCUCUCGCGCUACACUGGCGUGGAUGGCGUAGAUGUUCUUGAAAAUACGUGUAGCUGGCGACCUCAUGUUGGCUUGGUGGCAAGCGAAGACCAUUCAGAAGCCGAAUUGGUAGCCUUUCAAAUGGGGCAUGAAAAGUGUAUGCUGACAGCAGAGGAAGACCCUCCUUUGCUUUACCAUGCUAGCUGUCGUGUGGCACCGAGGCUUCUGCACAAUGUUAUGGCAUCUCCUGAAAUGGACGAGAUAGUGUAUAACAAGUGCAGCUUCAACCCCUUGCAUUGGCUCUUGAUGCUGAAGGAGAUAUUUACGUCUAUUGCCUUCUCCGUUCACCCUAGGCGUUGUGCAUACUCACAGAUGCGGAUGACAAACAUCGGUGGAAAAAGGGACCAGGCGGUAUGCCAGAGGGAGAUUCGACGAGCAGUUCGAAUCAUAAAUAAAGCUACGGCUAUCUCACAGGGUGACAACGACGUUGCGCCGCACUCAUUACCAGGGCGAUUACUUCCUUUGAAACUUGUGUUGUUUGGUUGUAGUCGUGGGGCUACCACCACCUUUUACACAGCGAUGAAACUACCGCUUGAAUUGGCACAGUACGUCUCUCUUGUUGUUGUUGAGGCGCCAUUUGAUACGCUGCAUAAUGUGAUUGCAUCAUCGUGUUGGUUUCCACGUUUUUCGUUGUGGUUUGUUCGAAAUUUCUGUGACUAUGAUGGGGAUGAACCGUAUUCCUUUGACCCUGAUCGGGUGCAACUUCGCUGCCCCAUCGCAUUUGUGAUGUCAACACAAGACACCCGGGUUCCAAACAAACUUACACAUCGACUGAUUGACACUGUGAAGCGAGAGUGUCCACAGAUCCCUGCAGUGGAGGUGUUGCAACUGAAACACAGUCGCCAUCCACUGAUGGCUGUGGGGAAUCGUGAGGACCAGGAUGCGUACGUUGCCUUUAUGGAACGACUGUACGAUACCUACUGCAGUUGA